AUGGGUUCUCAAUCGGGUCCUGGUGAGGGCUUUCGCCAGCACCUCCCGGAUCUCAGCCUGCCGCGAUUCCAGGACAUGCGAAAGCAGGAUGCUUAUCAAUACGCCGAUACUUUCAAGAAAACUGGUCAGCCUCCGUGGCUCCACGGCUUGUAUCUUCACUGGCGCAAGUUGUUUCAGCAGCCUUACCAAGGCAUCACAACAGAUGGCGUUGCUAGAGAGGGUUUGUUCGGAUUGCAGGAUGAGGGCGUGCCAAUAGACGCCAUUACUGAGGCUGCGAACAAUGUCUUUAACAGCCUGAGCGAUGACCAAAAAGUCAAGACCUGCUACCAUAUCGAUAGCCCCGAGUGGCGUUCAUGGUCAAACCCAGAAUUCCUCCUUAGCGACAAAGGCAUCCGGCUUGAUGAGAUCACCAGCGACUUGAGAACUAAGGUUCUGAGAGUCUUGGAACUCACGCUCUCGCCCGAAGGCUAUCAAAAGGCCAUUGGAGCGAUGCGAGUAAAUCAUUUCCUGGGUGUGCUUGUAGAGUCGCCUGCUGUUAUGAACGAAUUCUCCUACAACUUUGUUCUGUUCGGGGAACCCUCAACUACUCGCCCUUGGGGAUUUUCGUUCUACGGCCAUCACCUCUGCCUGAAUAUUUUCCUCUACAAAUCUCAGAUCAUAAUAUCUCCCUGGUUCACCGGCGCAGAGCCUAACCUUAUCGAUGACGGACCUUACAAGGGCACGCGGAUUCUCGAUAAGGAAGAAAGUCUAGGACUGCGUUUGAUGCAAAGUCUUUCUCCAGACAAGCAGAAAACAGCGCAAGUCUACAAACUGAUGAAAGAUCCCGCGAUGCCCCACGGCCGCUGGAAUCACGAUGACCAACGACACUUAUGUGGUGCCUACCGUGACAACAGGAUCGUGCCUUACGAGGGUAUCCUUGUGUCAGAGAUGUCGACAGAGCAACAGAAUUACAUACUCGGAAUUGCGAACGAGUUCCUUCUUUAUCUUCCGGAAACAGCGAGACGACUGCGCUUGGAACAGAUCAAGAAAUGGUUUCACGAAACCUACUGGUGCUGGAUCGGUGGCUAUGGCAAUGAUGAUCCGUUUUACUAUCGGAUCCAAAGCCCGGUAGUGAUAUUCGAGUUCGACCACCACUCAGGCGUUUUCCUCAAUAACAAAGAGCCUGCAAAGUUCCACAUUCAUACCCUGAUGAGAACUCCCAGUAGAGGGGACUACGGCAUGGCGCUGAGGCCACUGAUACCAGGAGUAGAACAAGGCUAUCUUUGGACGGGAGAGUGA